AUGACGUCCACGAUUGGUAUUCCAAUCAAGCUGCUCAAUGAGGCCCAGGGCCACAUUGUCACGCUCGAGAUCACGUCCGGCCAGACCUACCGCGGCCGCCUGCUGGAAGCCGAGGACAACAUGAACGUCCAGCUCAAGGACAUUACGGUCACGGCACGCGACGGCCGCGUCUCCCACCUCGAACAAGUCUACAUCCGCGGCUCCCACGUCCGCUUCUUUAUCGUGCCCGACAUGCUCCGCAACGCGCCCAUGUUCCGCAGUCGUAAUGCGCGCGGUCGGGGUGUUGGUCUGGCGCGUGGCCGUGCAACGGUCAGCCGUGCGCGGGCAGGCGGCCGAGGAGGCCGGUAA